GGGGAAAAUUCCACUGAUGCAAAUUAAAGGUGCGCCAGCUGUAAAGUACUAUCAACUUGACUGCAUGUGUCAUUGUGAGCUCUGAUUAGAGUUUGGAAACCUUCCUGGAAAUACACGAUAGAAGAAAGUGCAGGCUUGGAACAAUGGCUGACAUCGCCAUGAGCAACAUCCUGACCAGCCUUGAGGACAGCAGCUUCUCCUGUAGUUGUGCCAAAGAGAUGAUCAAUGGAGGCAUCGACGGACACCUCAACGACUGCUCCGUCAGGAACCUCAAAUCCUCCCUCAACGACGACACCGCCAACGUCAAGGCACCCAAGAAGGACCCCCUCCCCAAAGACGAAGAAGACUUCUUGAAGGCCGUCUUCCAGGUCAUACUGGAGGAUGGCGUGAGGAAAGGGCGGGAUAUCACGCAGAAGGUCGUUGACUUCCACCAGCCUGACGAGCUGAGGACCCUGCUGGACCUGGAGAUUCGGGACACACCCGAGGAUCACCAGGCUCUGAUCAAGCACAUGAAGGACACCGUAAAGUACAGCGUCAGAACAAGUCACCCUCGUUUCUUCAACCAACUGUUUUCUGGGCAGAACACCUACGCCCUGGCAGGCCAAUGGCUCACCGAGACACUCAACACCAGCCAGUACACCUUUGAGGUUGCCCCAGUCUUCACCAUCAUGGAGAACGUGGUUCUGCACAAGAUGAGAGACAUUGUGGGGUACUCAGGAGGGGACGGUAUCUUCUGUCCAGGUGGCUCUAUAUCAAACCUGUAUGCCCUGAAUGUGGCCCGUUAUCGCUACAUGCCCGAUAUCAAGAAGACUGGGCUGUUUGGGCUGCCUAGACUGGUCGUUUUCACAUCCAAACAGAGCCACUAUUCUAUCAAGAAAGCUGCUAGUGUCCUGGGGAUUGGAACCAACAACGUCGUGUUGGUCGACUGUGACGAAAGGGGUAAGAUGAUAGCAUCCGACCUUGAGGCACAGAUCCUGCGAGUUAAGGCUGAGGGCGCUGUUCCAUUCUUUGUGAACUGUACAAGCGGGACCACCGUGCUGGGGGCCUACGAUCCGUUGGAUGAAGUUGCCGACAUUUGUGAGAAGCAUGGACUGUGGAUGCACGUAGACGCUGCCUGGGGCGGUGGUGUGAUGAUGUCACCAAAGUACCGUGCCAGCAGGAUGCGAGGCGUGGAGAGGUCCGACUCCAUAACGUGGAACCCUCACAAGAUGAUGGGCGCGGGACAGCAGUGUUCCGCCUUCCUGCUCAAGCACGAGAACCUUCUACAGCAUUGUCACGAGGCCAAGGCCAAGUACCUGUUCCAGCAGGACAAGUUCUACGACGUGUCGUACGACACCGGAGACAAGUCCAUCCAGUGCGGGCGCAAAGUGGAUGUGUUUAAGCUGUGGCUGAUGUGGAAGGCCAAGGGCAACCAGGGGUGGCAUGAGGACAUGGACGCAGUCUUCGACAAGACCAGGUAUCUGGUGGAAAAAGUUAAGGCCAGGGAAGGCUUCAAGAUGGUUCUUGAUGAGCCGGAGUGCAGCAACGUGUGUUUCUGGUACAUUCCGCCCAGUCUGCGCGGGAAAGAGGACGAGGCAGACUACAAGGACAAACUGCACCAGGUGGCACCCAAGAUCAAGGAGCGGAUGGUGCUGUCCGGUACCAUGUUGGUCGGGUACCAACCCUUGGGCAACAAGCCCAACUUCUUCCGACAGGUGUUUUCAAGCCCCUCAGUGACAGAGGAGGACCUGGACUUUCUGUUGGACGAGAUUGAACGUCUGGGCGAGGACUUGUAAUGCCACAACCACAAACUGCGUUGAGAGACCAACAGCACAUUCGUGGGAGACCUUUUUAGCAAGCUUAGGGUGAUGUCCCAUUAUGAAAUGCUGCAGAAACUUUUAAUGCUAUUAAUGCUUAUUGCUCAACUUGAUUUGAUAGAAGAUGAUAGACAACUUAGUAUGAAUCUUAUGCUUAGAAGAUGUUGCCAAUAAUCCACUUAACUCUGUCCCUUUUCCCUGUCUCAAAUUCUGUGUAGCUAUUUACUAUUUAUUUUCAAUCUGUCUUUCUAUGAAAGUAGGAGAUGAUCAUGAAAACCAAAAGGACUUAGUGACCUAAGAUUUUACAAUGUUGCAAGGGCACUGUUUACAAAAAUUUAUUGCAUCUAAUAGACCGAUCCCACUGUCAUCAGUUUAACCGAUGAGAGAAUGGCAACUAGUGUAGCCAAUAAGAGAGUGUCUGCACGUCUGCAAAAUAUUUGCAUUUGAAACUUUUUAUUUUCCCUUGCUACCUUUUGAAGGACAUAGGAGGGACUAUGGGAUCGAUCUAUUGUAGUCAUUUUCUAUCUUGAAUUCCAAACUUUUGUGUUUGUCUAAAGUGUUCUAUCGAGUGUGAAUUUGUGUCUUUUAGUAUUCCUCUUACUUGUAUUGUAUCAAUACAGCUAAGCCAGAAAAGUGUUGAAUCAGAUAUGAUUAUGAAGAAAUGUGUAUUAUGAGAAGCAAUUUUCCUGGGCAAAAUUUUGUUGGUUAUGCUAAAUAAGUGAUACUCACUUGAAAAUCGAUCGACGAGUCUGCAAGACACUACCAUUCCCAAUAUUCUCUCAUUUCAUGAUUGGCCAAGGUUCAAAGGUCACUGUCCCAUCUUGUGUGAUAGGGGUACAUAUCAUUGGUUAAAAAUACGCUGAAGUGAUUUUUAUAUUCGAAAAUAAUUUGGCAAUGAGUAUGUUCAGCCGAAGCUCAUUGACUGUGACUGGCUAUAUUUCAUAUGUGGUAAAAAAAAUCCACUAAAUGCUUUUCUUCCUUUCACAUUAUACACGAUCAACCACAAAAUCUCUUAAAAUCUAAGCCACUUCAUUUCCUUGAUUCUCAGAUAUUUAAAAAUUUUGCAAGGGAUGUUAUAAAAGCAUAGAGUAGGGAGGAAAACUUCAAGAUGACUGUAUUAAAUCCAUGAAACUAAGACUACUGCACACAUGCAAGAAAACCUUAGUCCUCAAGCUUUGUUGUCAUUAGAAUAAUGUUUUUGCAUGUAAGCAUGUUCUUUUUAAAUAUGAGAACCAACAAAUUGUUUGGCCGAACUGUUAAUCACAUAAUAAUUCUGCUUGGACAUUGUUCUUGAUCAGUACAGAAUAUGCAAACUGACUGUAGUUUGAACUCAAUUAGAAACAGUUCAUUGAAACAACUUCAAAAACUUCAAACUACCACUGUGUACCAAAAAGUUACACCAUGACUGCCACUUUAUGUUUCACACUUUGAAGUUGCUGUUAUACUUGUACUUUUUAUUUCAGAGCAUUCUUUUUUCGUGAUUAUUUUUGGUGCUGAAGACCAACAACACUUCACACUAGGAACACAACAGAUAUUACUAUGCAGGAUAUCCAAAACCCCUGCAGUUCUUGUUGUCACUACAUACAUGUAUAGUCUGUAGUGAUGAGAGUAUAGUCUAGCCUGGGUACCAUCCGGAAAGUAGUUCCCUCCGGCGUUUAUUAUACACUACAUACAGUCGCUUCUCGCUCUGACAUUUAUUAUACACUAUAUACAGUCGCUUUUAAUCUCUUCUGUUCCGUCUGGGAACCUAGCUUGACCACAUUAACAUCUGGAAUUGUCCAAAUUUUGGACAAGGGCGCUGAUUGGUCCCUACACAUGAGCAAAUUAAGGAAUGGGUUCAAAUGAUAGUUGGAACAGGCGUUACAACACCCGAAACGCCCUCCGUCCUCUUGCUGGAGGGCCUGUUGUCAUCAAACGAGCGCUCUAGAACCUAUUCCUUAAUUUGCUUAUCAACUGACGUUACCACCAAACGGUUUGAAUGUGCAGUUCUCCAGACAGGUAGCAGAAGCGAACAUAGAAGCAAACUACUACCCAGAUGGUACCCAGGUUACAUAUAGUCAACAUUUGGAGCAUAACCAUUACAAUAUAACAGCUGCAGUAACACCACUGACUCAGGCAACAAUGUAUAUCUUUACCUUGAUAACAAACUCUAACCACUAAUAUACAUGUGACGAGAGGGAUCAAUGUUCAUCUGUUUAACAGAACCUAGUGUAUUUUAACCAAGACCUGUACAAUGUAAUACAAUGUAGAUACAUUGAGGAUGUGUUUUAGCUGUGUUGUAUGUGAGUGUCCAAAGUAUAAACGAAGAAUACUUGUUGAUGUGUGUGUAUAUUCGGACAACAAAAUAGUGUAUUUUCCUAUAGAAAAGAACAUUGUUUUCUAUGUCUUGUACAUGACAUUGACUGUGUGUGUGUGUGUACGGAAAAAUGUGUUUUGAACAAUUAUGGAGUAGUUGUAACCAAUACUCAAGUCCAAAGAGCAGCAUCCUUGUAUUGCUUCAAUAUUGCUUCUUGUUGAUUGGGUAAAAAAUAUCAUGUAUUCCAACCUGACCAAUGAAAAGGCAUCAUAUGAUCACAUGACCUUCAACCCAUCUAUGCUGUUGGUAGAAUUAGCUACGAUUGGAUGUAAAAAUGUCAUUUAUUCUACCUGACCAAUGGAAAGGCAACAACUAUGAUUGGAUUAAAAAAAGGUAAAGUAUUCCCACCUGACCAAUGAAAUGGCAUCAUUUGAUCAGAUGUACAUUUGUACUUCAACCCGUCUUUGUCAUUAUAGAACAGCUUUGAAUUCUGAUUGGUUAAUUCUUGCUGUAGGCUACAAUGUACAUUUGUAGCUUGUGUUGUACUGUGUAAUUGUUUAUUUAGCAAAGUGCCAUAAUUAUGGAUCCUACUUAUGCAAAAAAGGUGCUUAUUGUAGUAGAAUGUAUUAUGAUACAAAUAGGUUUAAGCCCCAGCCUCAGUUAUUAAAAUGAUAAGAAAGCCAUGGCAUGUUUUAUCAAGGAGGUUAUAUGACCUCCUUGGAUUGAAUCAUGAAAUAAUAAAAAAUAGACCACUAGUUUUAAGAAGCCAUUUUUGUAUAGUUCAUUCAUUGGUCGCAUUUCCAAUACAAAACUUUAAGUUAAAAGUGACUGUUUUACGCUAAGAGGCUUUGCGGUCUUACGCUAUUAUUCUUAACCAGUCAUGUGACAUCUCUGUACUGGUCUUCACCUUUGAACUCCAGAUGGUCAAAGGUCAGAUAAUGCUAAGGUAUUGACCUUUCAUUAAGUUUUAUAGCCUAGUUUUCUUUUACACUUUACAUUUAGCCAGGCUGGAUGAACAUUAUGGAUGAUGUUGUGAAAUAAAGUGGAAUGUUAUACAAGCAA